UCGUCUACUUGAACGCUUUUAGGGCUGAAGAGCUUUAAAAAAAAAAAAAAACUUGAACGCUUAAUAUUUCGGUUCGCGAGGUAGAGCGACACUUACUUCUUCCACCAGAUUCUUUCGUUUUAUGGAAAAACGCGUCGGAUGAGUAUAAUUUAAUCGAUUUUUGAGACUUACCCUCCGUUGCACCCUUAUUUAAAAAAAGAAUUACAUAAAAUGAAUACAAAAAAUGUAUGGUGUGCAGUACCAGAAUGCACAAAAAGAUUUAUUUUAAAAGAACGUUAUUUUUUCCGAUUUCCAAAGGAACGUGAGAAAUGGUUGCAAUGGGUACGAGCUUGUGGAAGGUUGGACUUAGAACCAAAAGGUCCAGAAUAUGCAUACCAGAAUUGUCGGUUGUGCCACUUGCAUUUCGAAGAGAAAUGGUACAAAAAAAAUAUAAUGAGAGCUCGUCUUCACCCAGACGCCGUACCGACAAUAUUUUUUGGACCCAGUUAUAAGGAAGAAAACACAAUGGAUAUGGAAAUUAAAGAAGAAGUAGAAACAAAUGAAACCAUAUAUAUGGAUGGAGAACCUAAAUCAAGGUUCUUUAUAAAGACAGAGCAAAUAUGGUCUAAAGACGGAGCAAACAAAACACAGGAAAAAAACAGCAAUAUGGAAUCUGUAGAAACACGGCAAAAGCAUGUGCAGAAACACAUUAAAAUUGAAGUUAAAGCAGAAACAAAUGAAAAUAUAUAUAUAUAUAAAGAACCUACAAAUAAAACACAGGAAAAAAACAGCAAUGCGGAAUCUGCAAAAUCACUGUUAAUUACUGAUAAUAAUGUAGAUGCUGAGAUAGUUAAACCAAGUACAUCCAAGGAUAAAAAAGAGGACAUGAAAUUGUCAGAGAGUAGUCCAAAGAAGAAUAAGUUGCGCUUGAAAAUCGCAAAAUUAAAGGCACAAAAUAAAACGCUUCGCGAAACAAUCCGAAGACUUCGUUUGAAGAAAAAGAAGAACAUACAAGCCAAAAAAAAAAAAUUAAUGAACAAACUUUAAAAAAAUUAGGCCGUACGUUAUUACCAGGGAAAUUUACUAAAAUAUUAUAGCGGCACAAAUUGAUGCACAAUGCAAACGCAAACGUAGCAGUAUAUACGAUAAUUAAAAGAUACAAUAAAAUACAAUUUUCAAAUAAACAAUAAAAUAGCUUUGUGGGCUCAUAUUGUAGAAUUUUAUAAAAAAGACAUCAGACAAUGGAUAAAAGCAGCUCCUGCAACAAAUUCUCAUUUUGAAUCGAAUAACUUUUUAA